GACGGGGGCAGACCUGACGGAAUAGGGGCCUUGGGGCGGCCGUGGCCGGUUCCACCCUCCGGGAGAGGAAAGACGGGCCCCAAGAUGGAGGAAGCUUCUGUGGCAGCACCGUGACAGCAUCUAUCCCUGCCUUUUGGGUCACUUGAGUUUGGGGGGACAAGAUGAGACGAGGCCCAACCGCCACCCCCGUAGGAUCCUCCAGGAGCCUAACCACAGCAGAAGAUCCUGCUGCGACCCCUUCGAGCAGCAGUCGAGUAGGGGGCACUGUGAAGGUCUAUCUGCCCAACCAGCAGCGCACAGUGGUAACCGCCCGGGAUGGAAUGACUGUCUCCGACUCAUUGGACAAGGCACUGAAGGUGCGGGGACUGAACCAAGAUUGCUGUGCCGUCUAUCAUCUUGUACAGGGCCGGAAGACAGCAACAGCCUGGGACGCAGCCAUUGCUCCUUUGCAUGGGGAAGAACUGACGGUCGAGGUCCGGGCUGAUGUUCCACUCGCAGCUGCCCACAACUUUGCCCGGAAGACAUUCCUGGCUCCCACCUUCUGCGACUUCUGCCGCCGCUUCCUCUUUCAUGGCUUCCGCUGCCAGACGUGUGGCUACAAGUUCCACCAACACUGCAGUGCCCGGGUCCCCACCGUCUGUGUUGACAUGGCUACCGCCCGCCAACCUUGCUACCGCAGUGUCCAGGACUUGACUGGAAGCCCUGGUGCUCCUGAGCCCCAGUCUGGAAGCCAGGCCCUGUGUGAGUCCCACACCCCAAAGAGUCCCAGGACGCAAACACCAGCCUCCCAUGGGGAGACUUUUGCUUUCCCUGGGUCUGGAGGCCCACCCCUCCAGAGGAUCCGCUCCACAUCCACACCCAAUGUGCACAUGAUCAGCACCACGAUGCCUGUGGACAGCAGGCUCGUACAGCAGGCAGCCCAGGCCUUCACUGCUGAAGGAACAGGUGGGGAAAGGACCCCCCAAAGCAGUCCUAGCCCCAGCCUUGUGUCCCCCCCUGGAAGGAAAUCCCCACACCCCAAGUUUUCAUCAGAGCCCCUUGAGCGCAAGUCCUCAGCUUCAGCUGAUGAUAAGAAGAAAGUGAAGUCCCUGGGUUACCGAGACUCAGGUUACUACUGGGAGGUGGCCCCAGGGGAGGUGCAGCUGCUGAAGAGGAUCGGGACAGGCUCCUUUGGGACCGUGUUCCGUGGGCGAUGGCACGGAGACGUGGCUGUGAAGGUGCUAAAGGUGGCACAGCCCACGGCUGAGCAAGCACAGGCCUUCAAGAACGAGAUGCAGGUCCUCAGGAAGACGCGCCACGUAAACAUCCUUUUGUUCAUGGGCUUCAUGACAAGGCCUGACUUUGCCAUCAUCACCCAGUGGUGUGAGGGUUCCAGCCUCUACCACCACCUCCACGUGGCUGACACUCACUUCGACAUGGUACAGCUCAUUGAUGUGGCGCGGCAGACGGCUCAGGGCAUGGAUUACCUCCAUGCCAAGAACAUCAUUCACCGAGAUCUCAAGUCCAACAAUAUCUUCCUGCACGAGGGGCUGACUGUCAAGAUCGGAGACUUUGGGCUGGCCACUGUCAAGACCAGGUGGAGUGGCGCCCAGCAAGUGGAACAGCCCACUGGCUCUGUGCUCUGGAUGGCCUCUGAGGUGAUCCGCAUGCAGGACAAGAACCCCUACAGCUUCCAGUCUGACGUCUACGCCUAUGGGGUCGUUCUCUAUGAGCUCAUGAGUGGCAGUCUUCCCUAUAGCCACAUCAACAACAGAGAUCAGAUCAUCUUCAUGGUCGGCCGAGGUUAUCUGUCACCAGACCUCACCAAAGUGUCCAACAACUGCCCUAAAGCCAUGAAGAGGCUGCUGGCCGACUGUCUGCGCUUCCAGCGGGAAGAGCGGCCCCUCUUCCCCGAGAUCCUGGUCACCAUAGAGCUGCUGCAGCGGGUGCUGCCUAAGAUCGAGCGCAGCGCAUCGGAACCGUCACUGCACCGGGCUCAGACUGAGGAGCUGCCUUCGUCCCUGCUGGGAGCCCUGCGCCUCUUUGGGCCGUAGGGGCCCUGGCCAGCCCUGAGGCGGAAUCCAGGGGUCCCAGGUUUCGUUCUCCUACUUCCCGGACCUGGCAGUGAUGGCUGCAGUUUGCCCAGCUCCGGGCGGCCUUGGGAGGAGGGGGUGAAGCCGAGGUUCAAAGGCCAGAGGGGAGGAAGGGAAUCCCCGCACCCCCUCUCCUGUGCCUGCUUUCCUACCACCCCCUCCCCCCCAAGAAGCACAGGAGGCUGCCCAGCUCUCGCUUUGAUCACUUAA